AUGGGACGUCUGACUUCAUGGGCACGACCCUUUUUAGCACCUUACGUAGCCAUGGAGGAUGGAAUGGCCCCUCUACUUGACAGUUUCAAGGUCCUUUACCAGAUUACCCCACGUUCCGAUUUGAACAUGUCUCCAUGUGUUCCUCAUCAAAAGACUACCCCUACCUUACCUCCUGAUGAAUCAACCGAUGCGGAUCAACCCGUUGAGCCUGCAGGAGAUCCACCCCGUCGACACAGCACUCGUGUUACAACGCUUCGUCGCCAGUCCUCAAUGACCAUACCACCUAAAGACUCUCAAAAGUCUAUUGUACAAUCGGACUCUGAUACCUCUGUUCAUGUUGUUGAAAAGAAGAACAAAAAGCAAAGCCAAAGUCGAACUGCAGAGUCCACUCGAACCGAAGAAUCCAAAUCAGAGGCAUCUCAGUCUGAAGCGUCUUCUGCACGUGGUCACCACAAGAAGACGAAGAAAAAAACACAACCUAGUAGUAAACCUAAAACCUCCAAGCGUCCUAAGAAGACCACCAUGGUGACGCUCAAAGACGCUAAAACUCAGGCUCAGUGUACUGAUCAGGCCCUCUGA